AUGAAUAUUGAAUUUAAGGGAAUGUGGUCUAUAAGUAUGAUACAAUUAAACAUGCUAAAUGGAUUAUCAAAUUUUGCUUAUCAUUAUUAACUACAUUCGGUUGCAUACUUCCUUGCUUUUUGUGAUAUGGAGUCUUUAAAAAUAAAAUCGUCUAGAUUUUUCUAAAGUAAGAAAAGCAUGAGGAUAUUUGUAUAAUGA